AUGGGAAAGGAAAAGUUGCAUGUUGAAAUUGACGUUCACGUUUAUCUUAAGAUUUCGGAAUAUGAUGUAUAUCAAGCUUUAAAAAAAUUCUCGAAAAUACACAACCCGGAUGAUACAGAUGAAGAUGACGACGAUCUUGCAGAUGAUAUAGAAGAAUCUCAAAAUUUCUCAGAUCAGAAUAUACAAGAAGGAUAUUCUAGUAGCACAUAUGAUGAUGGAAACUUCUCAAAUUACGAAGAUUAUGAAGACA